AUGGUUUCGGUACAUGAUCUGGAGCGCGCCAGCACACUAGCCAGGGAAGCAGUCGAGCUCGUCGAUGCGGGCCACAAGGAGGCGGCAUCUCGCAACCUGCGCGAGGCUAUCGCCAUCGCUCCAGAUAGCGAAGAUGUCAAGAGCGUCUUCCGCAAGAUAAGGGAGGACGAGGAGAACAGUCAUCCGCUGCUCAACCUCUGCCGACGCUUCGUGACGCAGAGGGAUGAGAGCGCAGCCAGCGAAGCCACCAAGUAUCUUCGCUCGGAAGGGCUCCAGCCACCACCGGAGGUAGCCCUAGAGUGCGUCAAGUUGCUUCUUGCUGAGCCUGCGUCCUCUCUGCCCGCAGCGCAGGACGAGCUGAUCACGGGCCUUGUACGGCAGAGCAUACGGGUUCGUAGCUACUUUGCUGGUGAAUUACAAAAUUCUGUCACUGGCCUGUUUGAUAAGAUCUACGACCGCGGAGAUGGCGCUGUUGUCUGCCUGGACAUGGUCGUCCUCGAAAGGGGACUCUGGCAGUCAGAGCAGACUAGGAAACAUUGCGAAGAAGAACUCUUCCAGCUCUUCAUCGCCAAGCUGAUGGAGUCUGGCCAUGACCAUGACGGACGUUCCCUGAAGGGCAUUGCUCGUCUCCUUGUCGUGGACGCUGGUAGCUUAAAACACCUCGUCGACGAAGAAGGCUUUGACGUUAUCGUCUCUUCUCUCGACCGGAGACUCCCUGCUGAUGUCAAGAGCCAGGCCACCCUUGCUACAGCAAAGUACCUCGAAGUUUCCGGCGAUGCCGGACAGACACUGUGCUCCAACUUCAUCAAGACUAGGGUCGCUAAGCACCGGAAAGGGGACUACAUCGUCGCCUUCUCCGCUGCUAGUGUCGUCUUCCCCAUUCUUCCGGAGUUUGCAGUCAGCCUGUUCCUAACCGAAGGUUUCCUCAAAUCCCUCACCCCAUUGCUGGCCCGGAAAAUAAAGUGCAAGAACCUGGAGCUCGCUAUCCUAGAGUUAUUUAACGCUGCCUGUGUUAAUAGCUCGUGUCGAGAGGCUAUAUCCAAGAACUUUGUUGACUGGCUUUCCGAACAUCUGAGGAGCGAAGCCGAGGAGACGACUGCUUUGGCUGCGGUCGUUUUGGCAAAGCUUAGUGUUUCGCCCAAGGACGCGAGUUCCGUAGACAAAGACAGGGCCGGAGUCGUUCAAGAAGAACAUGCCGACCCCCUGGAACUCGUGGAUAAGUUCAAGACUAUGCUUGGAAAGUCUGGUCAGGAUGGCAAUCUGCGACAUGUUGUCGAGGGCCUGGCGUAUGCCUCUGUCAAGGCUGAAGUCAAGGAGCAGCUCGCCCAGGAUGCCAAAUUUCUCCAAGACCUGAUCAGCCUACUACUUGAGCGUGUUGCCGACUCUACUGUCCUCUAUGGCGGGCUAAUGAUAAUCCACAAUAUCACGGCUUAUCGACCAAACAUGUCCGAGGAGCAAAAGAAAAUGUCCGAACUGAAAGCAUAUGCUAAUGCAUCAAAACCACGCGCAACUGCUAACCCGCUCGAAGAUGACGAUCAUACCAAAGCAAGGUGCAGUGCUGUCGUGAAUGCCGGAGUGAUGCCUUUGCUGGUAGAAUGCGGAAAAUCGCAGCUGGCCUCUCCAAAGGACCUCGUCAACAGGAUACUUCUCUCCUUAUCCAAGGAUUCCAAAGCAAGAGGCAAACUCGCCCAACAAGGUGCCGUGAAAAUCCUCAUAUCAUCCGUCUCUUCCCAGGAUAGCACUGCCACAAAAACUCCAACUACUGGAAGCACCAUCACAAACGGCGCUCAUGCUCUUGCCCGCAUCCUUAUUUCGGUAAAUCCAUCUCAUGUCUUCCCUUCCUCUGGAUUCCCCCAAAUCACCUCUGCAAUCCGACCCCUCAACAUCCUUCUCACUCCUCCCGGAACAACAAGCAUUUCCUCCGACCAACCACGCGAUCUUCUUCCAGUCUUUGAAAGUCUUCUUGCCCUCACCAACCUUGCCUCUUACCCCGACCAAAGCGUCAGCACUUCGAUAAUCCGCUCUGCAUGGUCGACCAUCGAAGACCUUCUUCUCUCACGCCAUACGUACAUCCAACGUGCAGCCUGCGAGCUAGUAUGCAACCUCAUGUCAUGCGAAGCCGGUGUCGGCAAAUUCGCUGAUGGCACCCACCGCGCCAGUCAACGCAUGCACAUUCUUCUCGCUCUAGCAGAUGUUGAUGAUUUGCCCACCCGUAGUGCUGCUGGCGGUGCUCUAGCAAUGCUAACAGACUUUGAAGGUGCCGCCUCGGCUAUCGUCGAACGCACCAGAGGUGUUGAUAUAAUUCUCAAUUUAUGCCAGGAAGAUGACGACGGGCUGGUUCACCGCGGCAUUGUCUGUGUUCACAACAUGGUAGGUGGCACGGGUAAUAUUGGACGCAAGGCUAGGAAAGCAAUACGCGAGAAACACGGCAUGGAAGUCCUCAGAGACUGCCUUACGAAGACAAAAAACCCAGCUGUCAUGCGAAGCGGAGUUGAAGCCUUGAAGAAGCUGGUUGACUGUCAGGCAUCGGAUUAG